GACAGGUCGAUGAUGGCUUUAUCCACAUCAACAACAAGACCACAUUCAACGAAGCAGAGACGGGUGGCGCCACCCUGAACUUGAAGACGCCUGGCGAGUACCAGUGCCCGCCAGCUUCAUCCUUGACAGGCACGUCUCGCGCUGAGCGUGCUGCUGAGAUGGCUGCAGCAGCUGCUGCUGUGGCAGCGCACCGGGGGUCUGACGAAGAGCCUCUCCCAGUACACCUUGCGCUGAUUGGUGGUACUCAUGAGAGGCAGACCUCCGCGAGGAGGGCAUCGUACCACGCCGAGGUUGAAGAGAUGAGACGAGGAAAAGCCUUGGCCAUCAUGCGCGACUGGGCGAGUCGACACGGCCAGCUGGUGCCACGUGCCGGCGAACGCCUGAGCUCGCAAGGGACUGUUGAGGAGUCCUAG